AUGCAGCAGCUGGCCGGCGCGACGCCCCCGCAGCCGGAGGUGCACGCGCUGGUGACGACCAACACCUGGCUGUCGGGCUUCCUCACCGUGAUGGUGGCGCUGAGCGCGGGCUCCCCGCUCGUGGUGUUCCGGCGCUUCGACGUGGACGAGCUGCUGGGCAGCGUGUCGCCGCACGGCAUCACCAACCUCUACCUGGCGCCGGCCCAGGUGGCGGCCAUCGCCAAGAGCCGCGGCGCCGAGCGCCACGACGUGUCUGCGCUGCGCAGCGCCACCUUCAGCGGCGCCCCGCUCAGCCCCGCGCUGCAGGCGCAGGCCGCGCAGACGCUGCGCUGCCCCGUGGUGCGGCUCUACGGCCUCACCGAGAGCCUGCUGCUCGUCUUCCCGGGGCCCAAGAGCAGGGAGAAGCCCGGGUCCGUCGGCAAGGUCUCCAUCAACGUGCAGAUGAAG